UAUUAGCAUGGGAAGAAAAGCUGCUACUACUUGUUCCUCUUCCUCUAACAUUUCUUCAACUGCUUCCUUGAAUCUGAGGCUUGCACUCAGCACUCAUGAAGAAUGUGGUGGAAGCCUCUUUGUGAAGGUGUACAUGGAAGGCAUUCCAAUAGGGAGGAAGCUCAACAUAUUAGCACAUAGAAGCUACCAUGAGCUUGUUAAGAGACUUGAGAACAUGUUCGACACUACCAUUCUCUGGGGUACAGAGAUGGAUGAAGUUGUAGUUCAACCUGGUGAGAGAUGCCAUGUCCUCACUUAUGAAGAUGAAGAAGGAGAUCUUGUUAUGGUUGGGGAUGUUCCUUGGGAGAUGUUUGUUUCCACUGUAAAGAGGUUGAAGAUCACAAGGGUAGACACAUUCACUACCUCUUGAUAAUGCAGAUCUCUAUAUGUUUUCGAUUAAUUAGGUAGCUUCAGAGACACCACUGAGGUUUCCAAUUUUGUUCUUAGUACUAGUACUACUACUAGUGUAGUCUUAAUUACAAGUGUUGAAUCAUCAAAACUAUGCACAAAGUUAAGUCCUCAGUUAUAUAUACUACUACAUGCAUAGCUUGCUCACUAGUCACUACUUUCUUCUUUCCUUCAACAACAUGUAUAAUUAAUUAAUUAAUUAAUUUCUGUUGUACAUUCAUUCCUAA